CCAAGAAAGCCGGUAUGUACUUUAAGGUAGAGACGACUACAGUUGAUCCUGGCGCGGAUAUCCUACAUCCUGACGAUGCCCAGUAUAUAUGGCUGCCGAUUUCAGUGCUUGUUGGCAUUUUUAUUCUAGCAGCUUUGGUCUACGCCAUGUCACGUAGUCGCUGUCGGUGCUCCUGGUCGUGUCUAAAGCACAGGGCUCCGCCAAGAAAUGGAUAUAUUAACGUGGACGAAGAGGACUCGGAUGUUCCAAUGGCUUGCGGGGAUGAUCUCGGAGAAAGUCUUCUACAAGGACGUCUGCACAUAGAGGAUCGGCGAAAUAAUCCCUCAAAUUCCUAAAAAAAGAAACAAAAUAUGUCUUUGUUGCAAGACUUUAAUAAACUUUAUUGUCCACGUUGUGCUCCAGGUGGUUGUCAUCGGUUUACUACAAAAACUACGUGCCUCUAUUACAUGUAAACUAUACAACGAAAAUAGACCUAUUUUAUUUAUCAGUAUUUGUGGCGCCCAGUAGCCGCGUCGUCAAAUCGUAAAAACCAAAGAAGAAUGCACCGCCCAGCGUGAUCCAAAGAACUCUGGGCACAAAUCCAGCAAACAGACUGAAAAAUAAUAAACAUCAAGUAUGUUAUUAAUAAAUAAAUAUAACAUGUACAUAAUCUACAAUCAUUUCUAAAAACUCUCGUUAUUAGAAUGGUUUCUUUUGUUCUCAGAGAGGGGCAAGACCAUGCUUAAGAAAUGUAGAACUACAUAAGUUAAGUAAUAUAAUGAUAUAUGUUUUGUUAAUUAGCUUAUACAUAUUGUGAAAACUUUGCAAUUAAAGUUGAAUAUUUACCCGCUUA